AUGGCGUGGAUGCCGAAGCCCUUGACGCACCUCGGCAAUCCUUCCCGCGUGGUUCCUGGAGUAUCUUUGCGCCAACGAUCCACUACUACCGAAUCAGCGACUGAGAAGUUGAGCCCGCGAUGGCUGGGAGAUGUUAAGCAGAGAUUAGGGAAAUGUAUGACGUUUGGAAUGAAGCCUGAGCAAGUGGCCAGAGCAGGUGCCGUGUUAGAGACGGUAGCAAGAGAUUGGCGAGAAUUGGUUGCUGGUAGUGAAGGUUUCUUGACAUCAGAGAAUCGUAGAGGGUUCUAUCGACAUGAGGUUGUUUGGGGAGAGAUGGACAGGACGAACAGCCAUGUCAACAACGUGAUGUACAACCGCUAUGCCGAGUCCGCUCGCGUCAACUGGGCAAUGAACUUUGCGGACAUUGAUCCCAAGCACAAAAAAGAGUGGACUGAACUCAUGACCCCGAAAGGCCUGGGUUUGAUCUUGAGGUCCAUCACCACUAACUACAAGUUCCCCAUGAAAUGGCCCGAUCGCAUUUCAGUGUACCACAAACUCGCGUCUGAACCGACGGCAAAAACCGACUCUUUCCACUUGGAUGUUAUUAUCAUGUCUGAGCUGCAGCAACGGCCAGCAGCACGCAUCGUGGAGGACACGGUUGUGUAUGACUAUCGAGUGGGUAAGAAGGCACCUCUUCUACCGUUCAUGGUAGAUGCCUUCCGCGAAACUUGGAAACUGCAAGAGGAAGCAAAGAAGGAGAAUAGUGAGAAAGUGAGACGCUUGCUUGAAGAGGUUAGAGCACUUGAAAAGGAGACCUGGGAUAGGCCUGACGCCGUGGAGGAUAUGGGUGUUGCUGGGCAAUAA